AUUUUUCAAUAUGAGUGACAAAUUGAUUUUAGACUUUAAGAUAGUGAAAUAAUAAAUCUUGUAUUUAAUUAAAUGCUUAUGAAUUUUAAUGAUAAAUUGUAUGGUCAUUAAUAUGAGUAUUCAAUAAGUAAUAAAUUUCCAUGAAAGCAUUUUAAUAUAUAUUCAAAAGCUUUUUAAUUUUUAAUUACAAAUAUGGCGGAAGGAAACACCAAAUUUUGGAUCUUAGUGUUAAAAAUGUUUCAAAAAGAUGUUAACAAAUGUGAAGAUAAUGUAAUUAUAUUAGUACAUUGGUUGUUAUUAUUAAAUGAUUUCCAAGUUCUUAAACCAGGCAAUGAGAAUGAAGUUGUUAAUGGUGAUGAACCUAGUGAUAUUUUGCCAGAAAAUUGGUCUCUGGGAGAUGCAUAUAAAUUGAGAUAUGCUCGUGGUAAUAAGCUAUUUAUUUUGAAUUGUGUCAAAGCUGGUGAGAGCCUUAUAUUUAACUUUUAUAAUGUCGAAACUAAACAAGUUUCAAGUGCUGCUCUAGGAAAUAUUGCUACUGUUAUAAAAUAUAUCAUGGAUAUGCCAAAUAAUAGAGAUGAUUUCUUAGGCACUGUUAAUAUAUUACAAAAAGAUCUUAUUGAUCCAAUGCAAAUAAUAAGUGAUGAUAAAAAAGCAGCUAGCACCCAAACUCAAUUUCAAGCCAAACUAGCUGAAACUACAGAAUCUCCUCUUCUCAUUUCAAGAACAGAACCAUCUUUUGGAUUUGCACGUAGGGAUCCAUUUCCUACUUAUGGUAUGCCAGAUUUAGACCCUUUAGGUGGUUUGCGACAACCUGGUGAAGGUAUGCUUUUUGAUCCAUUACGAGUAGGAGGUGGUAGACCAGGAAUGUUUCCUGGUGUUCCACCAAGUGCUCGGUUUGAUCCGAUGCAACCACCAAAUGCAGAUCCUUUUAGAAGUAGAAGACCAAAUCCAGAUCAUAUGAGACCACCAGAUUUUGAUGAUAAUUUAUAUAUGUAAAUUCCUGUGAUAAAUUAAUAGCUCUAAUUUUCUUGGUCAGAUGAAAAAUGUAUUUCAGUAAAAACCAUUUAAAUGUAGUAAUGUUCAAGUCUAUUGAUAAAUUUAAAAUGAAAAGAACAUCUCAUGAGUCUAUUAAAUUUUUUUUAUAACAAACAUGUUUAAAUAAAUUGAUAGUGAUUAUUUUCGUCUUGUGGUUAAAAUUUUAUUUUGUAUAAUUGUUUUAAAAAAUAAUAAAAAAGUUGAUUUGUUUAUUAAACUUAA